AUGCCUCACGACAAACCUUGCUACCUAGGCGCUCUUGCGCCUGAGCUUGUUGACAAUGUUUUUUCCGAGUUGCACUCGAUACGCGACCUUGACUUCAUCACCACCUUCCGCUACAUCUAUCGGCUCUUUGAGAGGCGAAAAGGGCCUGUCAUUUUCCGCGUCCUGCAGAAUGAGCUUGGCCCAGUCUUGACAGUUCCUGCGCACCGGAUGGGGUAUUGGGACAGGAUCCAUACCGCGGCUGGCAUCUACAAGGACAUGUUAAACAGCAGCCGCUAUGAGGGAGAUAAUGCUGUCCCAAGCGUUGCAGAGCUGACCAAACUCUGCCGCACAUUCUACAAGAUGAAUUUCCUCGCCAGCACUUACAUCGCAGCGCAGCAGCGCUUAUUUGGCAGCGAGGAGGCAGGUACUGCGCCACCUUCACGCGCAGAGCGUCUGCGGGUGCUGCGGGCCUUUUACCGGCGCCAGAUCGUCUGCAACGCCUGGGCUCCAACAACUCGCGAACCCCAGUGGAUGAACCAGGACGCAGCUGCCAUUAGCAACAUCAGCAACCACCAGGGUGUGCGCCUUGGCCUCUUUGCCGCCUUUGAGCCCUGGGAGCUACAGCAGGUUGACCAUGCCGACUACUUUGUCACGCGGCUAUGCGCAGCGCUCUGCCUUGCCGGAGAGGAGGAGGCCACGGCGGCUCUGGUGGCGUCCGCAGGCCCGCCCAGCCUGGUGAUGGUGCGGCCGAUUGGCGAGGCCGAGUUUGGCGAUAUCUUCUCGCACGUGGACCACCUAGUGCAAUACAUGCGGGAGCACCCAAGCCUUGCAGAUGCCGCAAUCCACGCUCUGCCGUCGCUGCCGCGGCUAAGGCACCGAGAGGUCCUCGAUGCGCCAGCAUACUGCCACUUUGUACAGCGGUAUCUACUGCCUUGUCUUUGCUUUGCCUGGCAGGCCUACCGGUUUGACAUGCAGCAGCAAGAGGAAGGCAGCAGCAGCGCAACUGUCGAUUAUGUUGGGGAUGCGGUGGACCUGCCUCCCUUCGGCUGGGUAGACGCGCUAGACAGGCGCUACCUGAACUGGUUUGGAGAGGGGCUUCAUUGCAGUCCUGGGACGCUUAUGGUGAACGGGAAGGAGGCGUCCGAGGCGCGCUUUAUUUCCUUGAAGCUGUGGAGGGCCGCCGGGUUCGCGUUGUGGGAUCGGCGGCGGGUUGAGGCCAUUAAGGAGCUGGGCCAGAUGAGGAUUCUGCGCACAGGUGGAUUGUGUACUAGUGGUGUUGCAGGAUAG